AAUCUCAACAUCGAGAGAUUCCUUCAGCGCAACCACCCUGUAUAGGGCAUUUAACUUUUGGACUCGACGAAUCUGCGCUUGUUUAUCUCCCUGUCCCUGGGCUCAUGUGCGAUUACAUACUGUACAUAGCGCCGAGCAUACCUAGCUGACAGACGGAUUUUUUGGACAGCAGCGUAAAGUUCGGUUGUGAAAUUGCUCCAUCGCGUUUGGGGGUAGAAAAAGUAAUACAGAACGAUUGGGCUUUAGUAAAUUAACUAAGAUUAUCACGAAAUUUAUUUGCCGCUACUUACCCAAGAAUGACUCUCCUCCCCAUCGUCAUCCCUUUGCUCGCCGUCCAACCACUUUUACUCUUCCCGCUCGUUCUCCCACUCAGAAUGUCAGCUGCCUGGACCAAAAAAGCCUGCACAAAGCCCACUGCAAUGAACAUGGAACGUCGGCUCGAUGUAAUAAUUUUCGGAGCAAGUGGAUUUACUGGCAAGUAUGCCGUGCUCGAAAGCGUGAAGCUGUUGGCCAACAUGAAGUGGGGCAUUGCUGGCCGUAGCCAGAACAAGCUGCAAGACACGCUGAAAGAGAUUGGCGAAAAGGCCAAGACCGACCUGUCGCACGUACCGAUCGUGCUGGCGGACGUUAACAAUCAGGACUCGCUGAUCAACAUGGCACGGGACUGUCGGGUGAUCGUCAACUGCUGCGGUCCGUAUCGAUUGUACGGUGAGCCGGUGCUAAAGGCAUGUCUAGCCGAACGGACGCACCAUGUGGACGUGAGCGGGGAGCCACAGUUCCUCGAAGGCAUGCAGCUAAAGUACCACGAGGCAGCGAAGGAGAAAGGCAUUUAUCUAAUAUCGGCCUGCGGGUUCGACAGCAUUCCGGCCGACAUGGGUACGGUGUUUCUGGAGCAGCAGUUCGAUGGUGUGGUCAACUCGGUCGAGAGUUACAUCGUGUCGAAGCAGACGGGCCGCCGGGAGCUGGGCGCGAUUCACUACGGAACGUGGGCAUCGGCCGUGCAUGCGAUUGCGAACAUGAACGAAGUGGGCGAAAUUCGGAGGAAGCUGUUCGCGAAGAAAAUGCCCGACGUGAAACCGAAGCUUCCGGAGCGGCCGACGCUUCAUCGCUCGGAGCAAGGGAAUAAGUGGUCGCUACCGUUUCAGGGUGCGGAUCGAUCUUGUGUCGCACGAACGCAGCGCUUUUUCUACGAGACGGAAAACAAACGUCCCCUGCAAAUGAGGGCUUACAUUUCGUUUGGUGGAUUAGCCGAAGCGUUGGCUGUGUCGUUUGUGGGAGCGAUCUUUUGGAUGAUGGUAAAGACGAACUUCGGCAGACAGAUGCUGCUGAACCACCCGAAACUGUUUUCGUUCGGUAUGGUGUCUCACGAGGGCCCGAGCGAUGAAGCCAUGAACAACACGCACUUUGCGCUUUACUUCGAGGGUAAGGGCUGGGAGGAGAAGCUGGCCAGCCCGGAGGACAAGUAUACGACCCCGCCGAACAAGGUCAUUCGAACGAAGGUGGCUGGCACAAAUCCGGGCUAUGGUGCAACGUGUGUUGCGUUGGUGCUUUGCGGUCGCACCAUUCUGGAGGAGAGCGAUAAAAUGCCUGGAAGUGGUGGUUUUCUGACCCCAGGAGCAGCUUUUGCCAAGACAAACUUGAUCAACGAGCUAUGCAAGAACGGAUUCACUUUUGAAGUGCUGUCGACAGCAAAGCUGUAAAUACGCUCCAUACGGAAGAGCAGGAAAAUUUGGGCUGUUUGGGCAAUAUUAGCAUUUAAAGAACAACAUUUUACCUCACGUGGUGGUUUUUUUGGUUUAAAAAUAUAUUUGGUUCGGUAAACC